AUGUCUAUAAAGGGCUCUGUUCAGCUUGGAUCGGUCACCAUAGAGCUCCUCUCAGACUCUGCCUUGCCAUCCCCCUCUACUUGGUCCUCUCUCGAUCCCCUCAAGCUCCAAACCAUCAAGGACCUCGCGUCGCCCGCUUCCGGACCCAAAGUCGAUCUUUUGUCACAAGCUUUCAGAGACCCCGGGCUAGGGCUACAAGCAGAGUGGAGAGACAUUGGAGAUGGUCGAACUGCGCGGAUACGAUGUUUUAUAACACCGAGCGAUGUUGGGGGUAGCAUCUGGAAGCAGGUGCUGUGGCGUGGUCGAGAGGCUGUAAUAAAGGGUCUAUUGAGCUCCUUGACUACAGAGUGGGAGAUAGAGGAUAAUGGUGGGCGCACUAUACUGCAGUUGACUGACGAAGAUAAUCAUAAUAUGCAAGACAUCUACGCCUCUGUACCCUCUCCCACAGAUCCUGAUUUCGAGCCCACCGAAUCCCCUGUAGAUCAAGAGAUACAUCGGAGUCUGCAAAACUAUGAGAAUCCCGAGGGUGUCAAAGCCGAGAUGUAUCUGUAUCAAAUCAGAUCGGUUGCCAAGAUGUUGCAGAUGGAGACGCAACCCAAACGCUUGGUCGACCCACUAUUCACCCCCUUGAAGGAAGCUGGCGCCGACAGGAUAUACUAUGUCAAUAUGUCGAAUUGGGAUAUACAACGACAUCCUGGAUGGUAUGACCUUCCCCGAGGUGGCGUUCUGUGCGAGCAGAUGGGCACUGGCAAGACGUUGAUGUGCCUUUCGCUAAUCGUUGCCACACUCCACCAAUCUACCCAGCCACCCACCACCGAAAUCGACAUCACUCCCACGUCGACCGAAAUCGCCGAGCGAUCUUACCCCUUCACUGCGUAUUCUCAACUCCGAAGCCUCACCGGCUUCCCUACCUCUCGAACCAACUUUAUCUUUCCCUCACUCGUCGAGCUCUCCGCGAACGUCUUAUCGGUCCACGAUCCAUCUUCGAUAUCAUCCCCAUACCUCCCGCCCCAUCUCACCGCCCUAUUAAAGAGGAACGCCUUCUACUGCAGUCUACCGCCGCCCCAGGAGUGCGUCAGAGAAGCAAAGAGGAAUGCGAUGCGGAGGGAUGUAAAAAAGACAUAUCUUGCGAAAGGGACUUUGGUGGUGGUGCCUCAGAUAUUGGUGGCACAGUGGAAGGGUGAGAUUGAGAAGCAUGUGGAGGAGGGUGUAUUGAACGUGUACGAGGUCAGCGGAGAACUGCCUCCAAUAGACAAGCUGAUGGAGUAUGAUGUCAUCCUCAUGGACGUUGCUCGCUUCGCUCACGAAGAAUCUUCUCGCCGAGAAACGCACAAGCUCCCACCAUCAGUCAUGUUGCAAGCUCGCUGGAAACGUAUCAUCCUUGACGAGGGACAUGUUGCCCAUAACAAGACUACUAAUGCUAUGCUUUUCGUCAGGCAACUCAGCAUAGAACGGCGGUGGAUUGUCAGCGGCACCCCUACUCGGCACUUGCAGCAGGGCGGCGAAAUCGAGCUGGAAUUCAUGGACACAUCUUCCCAUGCCCCUUCCAUUCUCACCAAUACCCAGCCCCAGAGCCGCAGAGCUUGGUCCAAGCGCGAUAUGGAAGACGCCACUCGUCUUGGUACUAUGAUUGGCGGAAUCCUCGCUGCUGAACCGUUCAAGUCGGAGGGCAAGUUUCAACAAUUAGUCGCUGCUCCUCUAAGGAGAAAAGAGGGGCCAGACUUUGGGGCAGUUGGGCGGAUGAAGUACCUACUGGGAGGGUUGCUGGUAAAACAUGGACCCAAGGUGAUAGACCUGGAGGCUCAGCUACCACCCUCGACCACCAUCAAAGAAGUCAUACAAUUCGACCCAAUGCAGCGCUUGACGUACAACGUCCUGGCAGCCCUCGUCGCCAGUAACGUCUACACCAGUGGCGGUGAAGAUGCCGACUACUUUCUCCACCCCCGCAACGCCGAGUCAUUCCACCAAGUUGUCACCAACCUCCACCUCGCCUGCUUCUGGUACUCUGCCCGAGAUAUGGACACUUUCGGCUGUCUUUUGCGUACCCGCGAAUGGCUCGAAAAACACCCCGAUCGCCCGGUACACAUUCGAGAGAGGUUGGAGGAGGCGUGCUGGCAUUUGGAGAGGGCGGUGAAGGAGGAAGGGUGGGUGGAGUGGAUGGGGAAUGCGAUUUCGAUGCCGUGUGACGGCUCUCUCCUUCCUUCCAUCCUCAAAGAGGCAUGGUCCGAUUCGUUCGAUACGAAACCCGACAUGGUCGAUAUCCACAGUCUCAACAUUCUCCGGGAGCUGAACGUCAAAGGAGCGAACUUGCAAGGGCUGCAUAUGGCAGGAUGGGCGAGUAGGGUGGAAAAGUGUGAUUGGUUUUGGGAGGUGCUGGGCAAGGGGUAUACGACGGCGCAGAUAAGGGAGCUGCUGGGAGAUAAAGCACCCAAAGCGGCAAGGCCGAAGAAGGAGAAGACGAAGGAAGAUGCCAAGAAAAGUGUUACUGCCACGACCACGGCCGCGCAAGCUCCUCGUGAAGCACCCAAAUCGCCUUCCAAGCCCAGAAGAGGCAAGAAGAGCGAUGGAGAUGAGAUUGACUCUAGGCUGGACGAAGCUGGCAAGAACGCCCGGCUGGCCGAAGCUCUCAACGACAAUCGCCCGACGCCUCUUCCUUUUUCAAUCCAGACCAAAACAAAGUCUGCCAAAGUCAACUUUGUGCUCAGAACUAUAUUGGCAGCUCCGGAAGAAGACAAGUUUGUCAUCUUUGGAAGCACGUAUGAGCUGGGGCAUUUGACGGAAGGAUUGGACAUGUGUGAUGUGACGACCUGUUUCGUCGGACAUACUCUAGACGCGAAACAUAGGCGACAAGCUUUGGACAGGUUCGAGUCGCCAGAAGUGAAAGUCUGCUUGUUGGAUCUGCGGCUCGCAGCGCGUGGACUAAAUCUGGUGGUAGCCAACCGCAUGAUCUUUCUCGCUCCCAUAUGGAGUCCCGAUAUUCAAGCGCAAGCUAUCAAACGAGUACAUCGUAUAGGCCAAACCCGUCCCACUACGGUGCAGAUCCUGAUCACGGAAGGCACGUUUGAAGAAGAUAUCGCCAAUCGAGCCAAGUCGAGCAGGUCGGAUGAUGAGGAAAAGAUGUAUUCGCGAGCUAUGAUCGAGAAUCCGAGGUUUGCGUAUGCGGAGAAGGAAGAGGAAGAGAGUUUCGAGGUGAGAUUCUGUCCGAAGAGGGAUUGGGCAUUGAAUAGAGAGAAGAGGGAGAAGAGGGAGGGGCCGGCGUCACCACCACCACCAUCGAAACGUCGGCGUGUCAUGUUUGUAAGCCCUACCCCGUUGCCCGAGCUGCCGACGAACGGGCAUGUCAAGUCCGAGGCGCUGAAGAGAGAAGCAGAGGAUAGACCGGGAGAGCCGAAGAAGAAAGCCCGAAUAUCUUUUGCAUGA